AUGGCUGAGGAGGAAGGUCUCGAGAGGGGCGAGAUCAAUGGCGGACUAGCAUCCAUGGACUCCAUCGAUUCGCGGUGGGUUUUUCAGGACGAGGACGACUCCGAGGUCGACUAUGAGGAGGCAGAGGACGAUGUGAGGCAUCGGACGGUUGUGGAUUCGGAGGACGAUGAAGACGACGACAAUGCCGAGCAGCGCUUGAUUCGCACUGGGCCUCGCAUCGAUUCCUUUGACGUCGAAGCGCUCGAGGUCCCCGGCGCUCUGCGAAACGAAUAUGAGGAUUUCAGUCUUGGAAGGAAAAUAAUAAUUGCUUUUCAGACCCUUGGGGUUGUCUUUGGUGAUGUUGGAACAAGUCCAUUGUAUGCCUUCAGUGUCAUGUUUAAAAAGGCACCUAUUAAUGGAAAUGAGGAUGUUAUUGGAGCAAUGUCACUAGUUCUAUACACCUUAAUCUUGAUCCCCCUGCUUAAGUAUGUGCUGGUUGUUCUUUGGGCUAAUGAUGAUGGUGAAGGUGGUACAUUUGCUUUGUAUUCAUUGAUCUGUCGACAUGCUAAGGUCAGUCUUCUUCCAAACCAGCUUCCGUCAGAUGCCCGGAUAUCAAGCUUCAGGCUAAAGGUGCCAUCUCCUGAACUCGAAAGAUCUUUAAAAAUCAAGGAAAGGCUUGAGGCUUCUCUGACUCUGAAAAAGCUUCUUCUGACAUUAGUGCUUGCUGGUACUGCUAUGGUGAUAGCUGAUGGGGUUGUUACACCAGCUAUGUCAGUAGUGUCAGCUGUUAGUGGUCUAAAGAUUGGAGUAGAUGCAAUUAAGCAAGAUCAAGUGGUGAUGAUUUCAGUUGCCUUUCUUGUAAUUUUAUUCAGUGUACAGAAAUUCGGGACAAGUAAAGUUGGCCUGGCUGUAGGCCCUGCCUUAUUCAUAUGGUUUUGUUCCCUUGGGGGCAUUGGGAUUUACAACCUUGUUAAAUAUGACAGCAGUGUGUUGAAGGCAUUCAAUCCUGUUCACAUCUAUUACUUCUUCAAGAGGAACUCGACUAAGGCUUGGUAUUCUCUUGGGGGUUGUCUUCUGUGCGCUACAGUGCAAUUUGGAAGGCCAAAAUACCUCGUGAGUUAUGGGGGUUGGCCUGGAUUAUGGCUCAUGGUAGGUGCUGUUGAGAAGAGUUCAGGUCAGCUGUUGCUCCAUUGUCCUAUUGCUUUAACCUUGUGGAGAAGAGUGUUUAGGGAGGCCCAUUUGAGUUGGGUGAGGGCGAUUCCAGCUUUGUGUGUUGCAUUAUUGUGUUCUGAGGCAAUGUUUGCGGAUCUUUGCUACUUUUCUGUUCGAUCAGUCCAGCUUACGUUUGUGCUUCUUGUUUUGCCAUGCCUUAUGUUGGGUUAUUUGGGUCAAGCUGCAUACCUUAUGGAGAACCCAGAUGGAGCUGAGCAAGCUUUCUUUUCUUCUAUUCCAAGUGGUGUUUUCUGGCCCGUGUUCCUCGUUGCUAAUAUUGCUGCAUUGAUUGCUAGUCGUGCAAUGACGACGGCCACAUUUUCAUGCAUAAAACAAUCGAUGGCACUUGGUUGUUUCCCUCGCCUUAAAAUCAUACAUACCUCCCGGAAAUUCAUGGGGCAAAUUUAUAUCCCUGUCGUGAAUUGGUUUUUGCUGGUGGUUUGCCUGGUAUCUGUCUGCACUAUUUCAAGCAUUGAUGAGAUUGGAAAUGCAUAUGGUAAUACUCAUUAUGUUCCAAAGUAUUUAGUCUCAUUUCUUGUUCAACUUUGUUCUUUGUUUGUUAACGAACUCUAA